AAUUGGCGCUCGGCGAGGCGGCGGCCACUUCCUCGUCUGCCCCGCCGCGCGCUCGGGACAACUCGGGCGGCCGCGGGCGGGGCGAGAACUGCGCGGAGCCGCUCUCCCUGCGUCCGCUGAUUCCGCAGCCAAGGGUGGGCGCAGGUCCUUGAAGGCGCACCGCUGCAAACCAGACAAAAAGAAACUCUGGGGCGCAGGGAGUGCUGGCUGGCGGGGCGUUCGGUUCGCUUUUCGUGCGUGGUCGUUAGGAUUAGUUGCUCCAGGAAGCGAGAUGUCGAAGCCGCCACCCAAACCGGUCAAACCAGGGCAAGUUAGAGUGUUCAGAGCUCUUUAUACAUUUGAACCCAGAACUCCAGAUGAAUUAUACUUUGAGGAAGGUGAUAUUAUCUACAUUACUGACAUGAGUGAUACCAAUUGGUGGAAAGGCACCUCCAAAGGCAGAACUGGACUAAUCCCAAGCAACUAUGUGGCUGAGCAGGCAGAAUCCAUUGACAAUCCAUUGCAUGAAGCAGCAAAAAGAGGCAACUUGAGCUGGUUAAGAGAGUGUUUGGACAACCGAGUUGGUGUUAAUGGCUUAGACAAAGCUGGAAGCACUGCUUUAUACUGGGCUUGUCAUGGGGGUCACAAAGAUAUAGUAGAAAUGCUAUUUACUCAACCAAACAUUGAACUGAACCAACAGAACAAGUUGGGAGACACAGCUUUGCAUGCUGCUGCCUGGAAGGGUUAUGCAGAUAUUGUCCAGUUGCUUUUAGAAAAAGGUGCUAGAACAGACUUAAGAAACAACGAGAAGAAGCUGGCCCUGGACAUGGCUACUAAUGCUGCCUGUGCGACUCUCCUGAAAAAGAAACAGGGAACAGAUGCCGUUCGAACAUUAAGCAAUGCUGAGGAAUAUCUCGAUGAAGAUGACUCAGAUUAAUUCCCUUCCACAGCUUUAAGAGAUAAAACUUCUGUUGCUUUUGCCAUUCCAAAACCCUGUCUUUGCCAGAAGAGUGUUGGUAACUGUUUAAAAAAAAAAAAAAAAAAAAAGUCUAUAUAAACACGGCAGUAUUGCACAGUGUUUGAGUAGAAUAUGUAAAUGAAUAGUUCUCACCUUUGUUUGCCAGUAAGUGGCUGGAUACUUUGCUGUAUAAAGUACUUUUUUGUUCACGAGGGUAGAGUAAGAAGAGAUUAUUUCUAUUUAUCAAGCUGAAAGAAUUUUAAGAAUUUAUUUCUUUAAAAAAAUCAGGAUGGUUUUUUUAGUUAAAGUUCUUUACCUCAAAGAUUGAGAUGUUUUGAAUGGAUUUUUCAAGGGGGGAAAUGCUUAUUAUAAUAAACCAAAAGACUUAACAGAAAAUUGUCAAUUAUUCUGACAAAAAUAAACAUUUUAAGAGACUUUA